UGCUCUGUUUCGCAUCUAUGCGUACUGAACGUCGCUACUUUUAGUACGAAUCGGUACUAAACACAGGCUCCCCGCUCAGCAAGCAUCUGUACUAAAUAUCCUCCAGGAUGUCUUGAAUGAACCUAUGGCGAUACACAGGGAUGACAGUGGACUACUUCAAAUCCAUUCGUUGAUUGAUGCAGAGUGGACGGCCGAGAAACGCGGGGAAUUACGCUGUUGGUCGCCACUACGGUGCGCAGACAAAUGCGUGAAGACAAGAUGCUGGAGGACAUAGCUGAGUCAAAUAAAGAAGGCCCAAUCCAGUGCAUUUUUUUCAGUGAAUUUCAUGCAGACUAUGGACCAAGAAUUGUUUGUCAGUUUCCAGAUGAUUAUAUUUCAAAGGACAUCUUUGAUGCUGUGAGUGUGUACAUCAUUCCCAAACCAGACAUCCAGAAGCGGAUUGUUACAAACACCAUUCUGCUGGAAAAUGAAGCAGAUUCUCCAACACUGGGCGAGCGGCGUCGGCCGCCACGCGGCCUCAAGAUUGUGGGCUACCCGAAUGCCAUCGCAGACAAGAAGUACGCGCGCAACGCCUUCAUCUUCAAUGUUUGCCUAGUGUGUGAGAGUGGCGAGCGCACCAUCCAGUAUGAGCCAGUGGUGCGCAAGGCCUCAGAAUGGCUGGUGCAGAUGGAGCAUGAGACGGCGUUGCUCUCGGGUCGCGAAGGACAAGCCAAGAUGCCAGCAGUGCUGCGCGCCAUGCUGCAGGAUCUCAACAGUGCAGGCCACGCCGUCCUCUCCGUCGAUGGCAGUGUGCCAGUGCACCUGAAGGUGGUACGGACGCCACCGGCGCCGAAGCACGUGGCCGAUCACGAUGUGCCAGUGUGGGUGGGCCGCCGGCGGCCACGACUGGAGCACUGGGACAUGACCUCGCAGCAGAUCAUCCCGCACAUCAAGGGCGUGGCGCACGUGGCCAAGAUAUCAGCCCUGGCUGAUGUUGAGGUCCAGCUGGUCAAAGCGUGCAUCAGAAAUCUGCUUUAUUAUGGCCUCGUCGAGCUGACAUCAAUAUUCCAGUACUCCAAUACGUACGUAGUAACGCCGGAGAUUACACGGCUCUACACCGAGAGGCCCCUGCAGGAGGAAUGCUGUCGAGCCGUGGCUAGGGACGAGUGCAUCCCGGCGUCAGUGGGUCACGUGUUCCCGCUGUACUGCGCGCUGACGCACAGCCGCACCCUGCGAGACCUCUGCACCGAGCACAGUAUGCAGGCGCUGCGGGUCAACGAGCGGCAGCUGGUCCAGUUCGGCCUGCUGCGCGGCCUCAUCCGACGCAUCCACAAG